GGGGGUGGUGGCGGUGCUACCGCGGCGCCAGCUGCCGGCGCGGUGGCGCCAGCUGCCGGCGGUUCCCGGCGCGUGGGUGAAUCCCUGCCGUUGCUGCCCGGCGGGGUGCCGUCGGGGGUCCCCUCGCACUACGCCGCCAUGUCGGCCUCAUGCGGCGGCGUGCCCUCCACCGCCGCCGCCGCUGUCGUGCCCUCCUCCUGCUCGGUUCCCUUCCGGCUGGCGGUGUACCUGGUGUCCAGCGACCCGGUGCCGGUGGGGGUGCUGGAGGCGGUGUCGGAGGAGAUGAAGUGCCUGAUGCCGCUGGUGUUCGGCGCCAUGCAUGCCGCCAUCCGGGCGGGCGGGCUGGCCACCGCGGAGUGGAACCACCUGCAGACCCAGCUGCUCCAGCGCAGCACCAUCUCCGGCGCGCUGCAGAUGUCGGGCGCCAUGCAGCACGUCACCUGCCUGGAGGGACCGCCGCCCGGACUCGGAGCGGACCGCAGGCCCUCCGCCAACCACCCGCCGCCCCUCGCACUGCCCGGCGGGGGCGGCGGCGGCUGCUCGCCCCUCCCGCCGCAUGCCAAGUCCCCACAGGGCCCACCGCACCACCACCCCGCUCGCUCCCCGCGGUGCGGCAACGGCGGUGGCGGCGCAGCGGGGGCCGCAGCGGCGGCGGCGAGUCCGUCCAUCAUCCGCCGGGGCUCCCUGGGCGGCGGGAGCACGUACGGCAGCACCAGUAGGUUGCGGCUGGCGUCACCGGCACCUCCGCUGGCGGCGGGGGAUCCGCUGCUGGAGUCCAAUCCGCUGUCGCUAUCCGCGCCCUCCUCUCCGCGAGGGGAUGAGGAGGAGGAUGGCGGUGGGGGUGGCGGGGGUGCAGGCGCUGGUGGGGGGGGCGGCGGGGGUGGGGGUGGUCGCGGCGGGGGUGGUCGCAGCCGUCGCGGAGUGCUGCGCGAGGACGCGGAGGACCUGCUGCUGUCGUCCUCGCAGAUGGAUGAGCUGGAUGUGGGGCCGGAGGGGCGCCCGCAUGGGGGGCCAGACUACUGCCCAGUUCGCAAGGUGUCGGCGCCCUGCUACACCAUAUCGAGUCCGGUGCUGCGGCUGGAGGACGUGGUGGGCCCCCGCCCGCUGGAGCUGCUGGUGAGCAGCGCGCGCAGCCGGCUGACUGCGGUGGCUGCGGGCAGCGAGGUGGGCGAGGAGGCGCGGCUGGCGGUGAGCCAGGACCUGGCGGCGGUGGACCUGCACGAGGUCAUCGGCAGCGGGGGGCAGGGGGUGGUGUUCAGGGGCACGCUGCACGGGCUGGAGACGGCGGUCAAGGUGUGGGAGCACAACGCGCGGGCGCCCCUGGAGCACGACGGGGAGUGGCUCUCCGCGGUGGCCCUGGACGCCGCAUGGCAGGAGAACGGAGGGGGAGGGGAGGAGCAGCACAACAACCAGCAGGGCCCCGGUGCGACCCAUGGGUCACCUCAGCAGCCGCCUCAGCAGCAGCAGCAGCCUCCUCCUCAGCAGGGGCAGCAGCCGGGCGGGCAGGAGGCGGUGGUGUCCAGUCGCGACUGCAUCCGGCAAGCCAAGCGCGGCGCCAUGGAGGUGGCGGUGACUGCCACGCUGUCGCACCCCAACGUGGUGCAGACCUACGCGCACUUCUCAGAUGUGGUGGUGGUGGAGCGGCAGACGGCGGGCGGGGGGGCCGGGGGGAGCGGGGCGCCUCCCCAGCUGCGGCUGUGUGCGCACGACGACCCGGUGUUCCGGGGGCAGAAGGCGGGGCCGCUCAACACGGUGCUGUGCCUGGAGUACUGCGACGCCGGCACGCUGCUCACUGCCGCCCGGCGAGGCGACUUCCGGCUGCCCGGCAGCGGCCCGCGGGACGGCCCCGUGUGGCCCGACCUGGUGCCGCUCUACACCAGCCUGCUGGAGGUUGCCCUGGCCCUGCGCUACCUGCACUCCCGCCGCCUGGUGCACUGCGACCUCAAGCCGGGCAACGUGCUGCUGCGCACAUCCACGCGCGACCCGCGGGGCUGGACCUGCAAGCUGAGCGACUUUGGAUGUGUACGGCUGUUGGACGAGUACGGCACGGACGGCUCCCCCGCCUUCCGCAUGGCGCAGGUGUUUGGCACCGUGGCGUACAUGGCUCCGGAGUGCUUCUCCAGAGGCCGGCUGCUGGGGGCGGGCGUGGACGUAUUCGCGUUUGGUGUGUUGAUGUGGGAGCUGAUGCACUGCCGGGCGCCGCAUGCGGGCGUGGAUCCCAAGGACCUGCCGCGCCUGGUGGUCCGCAACAACGCGCGACCCGAGUUCCACCCGCUGGCACCCUCCGACUACUGUGCGCUGGCCUGCCGCUGCUGGUCGCCCGUCCCCGAGCGCCGCCCCUCCGCCACCCAGCUGGUGUCGCAGCUGCAGCAGCUGCUGUCCGGGGCCAAGGCAGCGGCGGCGCAGCAGCAGCAGCAGCGGAAACUGCGCAUGCAGCAGCAGCAGGCACAACAACAGCAGCAGCAGGCCCAGCAGCAGCAACAGCAGGCCCAGCAGCAGCAACAGCAGGCCCAACAACAGCAAACACAGCAGCAGGCAGCAGCAGCAGCGCAACAACAACAACAACAACAGCAGCAGCAAGCCACCCAGCAGCAGCAGCACCCUCAACAGCAACACCCGCAACAGCAGCAGCAGAUGCAGCAGCAGGUGCAGCAGCUGCAGGCGCAGCGGCGAGCCCUACUGCGCUUCCCCUCGGCCGCAUCGCACUCGGAGGCCCGGCUGGGGGACCGGCUGGCCGCCGAGCGGGCGCACCAGGCCUUCAUUCAGGCGCAGGCGCAGGGGCUGGUGGGGGGACCGGGGUCAGGGUCAGGCAAGCCCGCGCAGCUGCAGCGCCCCUCCUCCCCCACCCUGCAUGUCCACCCGCCGGGUCAGCAGCCGCAGCCGCAGCUGUCGAGGUUGCAGCAGCAGUCCUCCCCCGGCGUUACCUCGCCGCACCGGGGAGGCGGGGGGGCGCUGGCGGGCGCCUCGCCGCUGGGAGGGGUGGUGGGCGCGGCUGCGGUGGUGUCGCCUGUGUUCCCGGCGGCGGGCAGUGCGGGCAGCGCGGGCUCCAAGAACUUCUUGUCUUCAUACGAGGGGGGGAUUUCCCCUCGGCCCAGCCUUGAGCGCGCCUCUCCAUGCCUUGCGGUGGAUCUGCGGCACUAGCGGCAGCAGCAGAGCGGGGGAGGCGACGGCUGCUGCUGCUGGCUGCUGCACCCACCGCACCGGCUGCGGCAUGUGAGAGCGGCCCUCACGACGUUGCCGUUCAUGCAAAGACAUGCACGAGUAGCAGCAGCAGCAGGUGCGGCACCAGGCGGCAUCGUGUGGAGCAACAUGCAAUCGUGCAAAGGAUCGGAGGCAUGCAACCCGAAUGAGGUUAGAGGUCAGGAAGCCAGGUUACAGACACGAGUUGAGGUUUAACAACCGCACGCGCAGGUUUUGCAGUUGUGCUGUUGCCGCAUCGGGCAGCAGCGCGUGUUUGGUAGUUGUGUUUGGGAGUGCAUGCACGUUUUGGUUUGUAUGUGUUGUUGGGGCUAGUUAUGUGGCAGACGGAGUGGCGGCGGGGUGCUAGACGGAGCUAUGUGGCCGCUUGCGUCUGUGCACGCAUCACCGCACACAUGGGGCCCGAGGGGGGCUGGGGUCGUGGUUUGGUACCAGGUGCUUUGAUGAUUUGGCACCUGGUGACGUUUGGGUGCGGUUUGUUGUACACUGUUGGUUGAUUGAUGCGUGGGUGCGAGCGCUGCCGGCGGCGAGGGAUGAGUGGCGCGGGGAGUGGGGUGGGAGAACUCCAGCGCACCGGGGGGGGGGAGUAAACACGUAUGGGGCAGGAGGUGCGUUUGUGGGUGCGAUUACCGACGCGCGGUCAUUGCGAUUCGGCGCGUGGAUGGUGUGGAAAUGGAAAGGCAGUGUUGUGUGUUGUGGUUUUGUUUGUCGGUGGUAGUGGGGGGGGGAUUGACAGUAGCAGUUAGCACUGUCUGGUGGUAUGGGAUAGGCGUGAUUGCGGCCAGUCGGGUGGGGGGGUGCGCAUUAUUUAGAGGGUUGAGGCGCCAGGCGCGUGCGGGUGCGGGUGCGACGAGUGCAGAAGAGCUUGGAGCUGUGAAAGACAAUGGCAGAAGCACACGCACAUGCGUUUGAUAGGCCCUGAAACACUGAUGGUUGUGUGCACGCAUCGGCGUUCUCUGGGUGUUCUGGUGGUGGUGGGGGGCUCGGAGGGUUGUUGUGCGGUUGUUUAGUUCAUCUGCCGUUGGGAGGCUGCGGCGGAUUGCGUGAGCUGAUCUAUACGCGUGUGGGUGUGUUUCCGGUGACCGUGCUGGCUGCUGUAGACCAAAAACAGACGCCAUUUAUCGCGGUCGGUGCUUUCUCUGCCUCCCCCGUGGAGCUAGGGUGAAGUCUUCGAGCCGCAGCUAGCUUCCAUUCUACUUCUGUGAUGUUGUUGUGCAGCAACGGCUUUGUGAUGUAUUACUUGCCGGCUAGUAGGUUGGCUUCUUUUAACGCAAGCACAUGUGCCAAAGAAGAGAAACGUGCGCGGCUUACUAUGCGUGCUGCCGAACCGGCGAGCCUAUGCUAUCUUUCAUUACACGGGACUCUUGCGAGGCAUGCGUGGCGGUAUCCGGGAUGUGUGAGCGAGGGGCUUCUAAGGGCUUAGUAAGCGCUGAUCCGUGUUCAGCUUUUGGAGCGGUGUGAUGCUACUUUGCAACUUGGGAGGGGGUCCGAGCAUAUUUACCUUCCCAUAUCUUAAUCUCAUGGAUAUUUCUUACAAGCAAUGGCGGAGCUAAGGGGGCUCCGAUGUCCCACCGACCUUCUGCGUUCCGUGUUCCGUUUAUGUCCGGAUACGUCCGGUUGGUUUGUGGAUGGAUCCUGGAAAAGGCUCAUUGGAAUUGUGGGCCUUGGCCUCCCUCGCCUGUGGUGGUGGUGGUGUGUGUUGCCCAGUGGAUUGCCCGUUGAGGUGCUCCUCGUUGCAAGUAGCAGUACUAGUAGUAGUACCGGUAGCAGUACCGGUAGCAGGGCUCCAAGCGCCAGCUGCUGCAGGGGCGGUGUGCAGCGGUGACCGGCGGUGCGGGAUCCACGGCAGCCUCCAUGCCGCCCCUGGCGCAGCCUCUGUGCAUGAUCUGUGUUGGGUUUAGCUAUUGUUGCUUUGAGUCCAAGAGGGCGCCCCUUGCCCGGCUAGCAACGCUCAGGAGUCGUGGAGACGUCUGAGAUCUGCUGAGGAGGUGCGCCGCAGCGGUUUCGAGCAUGGAUACAUCUGUACGACAUUACGCCCUAUUCAAUCGAGAUCUAGAAGCGUGGUCACGAGACGCGACCGCGUGCACCUUUACUCGUUCUAAUUGGAGAUUGUAGACUGUUUGUUGGCUCUGUGGCCAGUUUACACAUGGUGGGGCUGUGCUGGCACGCCUUGCUGCCUUGCUGCCUGCCUGCUUACUUACAGCACGGCGCAUUUCGUAACACGUCGAGGCAUGGUUGCAAAGCACACAGUUUACAUUGAUCGGAUGUGCUGUGUCAUUGUCAUGGCUGUCGGAAGCUGCUUCUCGCCAUUCACGGCACUCGUGAAAUUGCAGGCACACACCCCAGUCACAUCAUAGGGACUCCUGGACUGACGCCUCGUUUGGAAGACACGUCUUGUGUGCCUGCUGCUGCGGGUUAUUUUUGUUAGCGCGCGCAACCGUUAAACUGAAACACUAACACCGCGGUGAGGCUGCUGGUCUGGCCGGCCUGGUUCAUGGCUGGUGUGGGUACGAACACACCUUGGUUGUUUGGUUGCUUGGUUGUUGGCUGUGCUUCCCAUUAUUUACCAUGUGUUGUAUUUUGGCUAGUCAGAGCCAUUUAUUGGUCUUUGCCGGCAGGGACCUACCUGGGGGGCGGCUGCAUGCGGGUUUUACAGAUGUCCAGGGUUCUGUUGCAAGGACGCUUCUUGCACGGACUGCUUUUCUGUUUUUAUGUCACGGCUUAAGCCUGCCGCGAAUUCGCAGCACUCAGUGCUGCUUCCUCCUGAUGAGCUGCCCGCCCUGUUGCUUCGCCGUCUAUGGGGCGGAUGCGUGGGAUAUUGUUUGCGACCACAUUUGCUGGAUCACUUUCACUGGUGCUCGGCUGGGUUAAUGCAGUGGUAGGCUCUCUGCGGGCAGGCUGUGAACCUGCCUGUGCUGGCCUCCUUGUAAAGCAAACUGAAAAGAAACGACCAUAUAAGUUGCGACUGAAGGCGCCCCAACGGCCCCAAAGGCACACGGCAGCGCUAAGCAAAUAGGAUUGCAGGCCACCGCUGAGGUAUCCUGGGCUAGCAGGGCAGGGAGGUGAGGUGUUUCUCAGCAGGCAUACCGCGUUUCUGUAGGAGCACCGGUAUGUGGGCAAGCGAGCCGUUGUCCAUGCUAUGUGAUGUAACAUGUGAAGGGCA